UCAGAAUUUGUCAGUAUUUGUAUGGUGCCCUUUUGCUGCAUUUAAAACAUGCAUUUGAGAUUGAGCGGACAUCAUUCAUUUAUUUAUAGAUACAUGUUUUCAGUAGGAUUAUUAGUUAAUAUUCUGUAAGCCACAUACAGAAUGUUAAUCUUUUAUUUUCCGUUUAUUGCAGUGCCCAUAACAGCAUCAUGUUGCCUGGAGCGAACAAGCACAGUACUAACAACAGCCAACAGACCAGACAGCACAAUCCCAUCCUCUGUUCCUUUCAGCUGCUGAAGAGCCCACACAGCUCUUUCCCUGCUUUCUCUGCAAGCUGGGUUGAAUUGGAGCAGUCUGUACCAUCGUUUGGUCCUCCAAAUCCACAAACACAUUUCAGAUUACUUAAACACAUCAGGAAGGAAAAAUCUCAUGUUAUGAUCUUGGCUGCUGCAUAUUGGUUUCAUGAAUCUUGGUUUCAUGUAUAAGAAUAUUCAGGAAAAACUGGAAUCCGGGAAAGAUGGCUGCAUUGUUCUGGGACUUGGAUUAUGCUACAACUCCUCCACAGACACCAGCUCUAGACUUCAGGCAUACUAGACACGUGAGUUCACCCAUGCAAGACAACUUAGACUGGCCUUCAAGUGAGCAAGUGGAAUUCACAAGAUUAAACCCCUCCAGAACUAAAGACAAGACAGAAGGAGAAUGGCAUAUGGUAACAGCCACUCGCUCAUUGCUUGGCAGGGAAAGAAGAAGCCAGAGGGAGGGUUUGCAGGACCAGCAGAGAGUGUCUUACAACAGCUUGCCAAGAGCACACUUUCUCCAGCCAAAUAGAGAAUCAAAUGCUUUUUCACCCUAUGCUAAUGACUUCUGCUUGAAUGGUAGAGAUGCCGAGAGCAUUGCUGAGUCCCCCAGGAACAAUCGUAAGCUGCACCCGCUGACACAGCCAGGAUUCUACAGUCCGAAAGUCCCACGAUCAAAACACUGUGAAGCUGCACAGUCCACAAAAACCUCUUUAAAAGGAUCUUCUUCUACAAACAACUUGAAGGAGUUCUUUGCUCUCACGUUGCCUCUUCCGUGCUCCAAAACCGCUGUUCUCGAAACCAGCCCUUUGUGUUCCAAACCACAAAAGGUUAAAACGUUUGUGGUAGAAAAGCCUCCUUUGAUGAGAGCUGUGGUUUCUCAAACUUCACCGAUCUCAAGUCAACCCGACAAAGAGCACUUCAGCCAACUCCUGCCAAGAGAGGACCAUCUCAUCAAAAACCAGGACUGCAGUUUGUUCAGUCUGCAGGAACCCAAUAGGAAACCUCUUCGAAACGACCAACCUAUCUGGAGUCAGAGCCAGAAUUUGUUUACUGAGGAAAUUUCUACCAGGGAUCAUCUUUCUAUUAACACACUACAUCUGUUCCCUGAACGCCAGUCUAAAGCAGACCAGCCUGCAGUGCUUUGUCCAAAAUGGGAUAAGGCAAGUCAUGAAAGAUCUACCUGGAGAGUUGACACUGAUAUUAAACCAUCUCAGGGUGACCCUGACUGGUCAUGUCAACUUCAAGCCAGCCCAGCUAAACAUGACUGCAGCCCAAAACAAAAGAAGACACAGUCCUCACAACACAGAGAAACCAGUGAUGUCAGAAACACUGAGCACAACCAUGUAAAAAGUCAGGUGGAUGUGCGCUCAAAGAAUGUGUUUGGUCAGCCUCGGGUGAUUGCAUCACUGCGAGCAGCAUGUUCCCCGCGGCCCGUUCGUAAGAGCACAGUGGUGGAGGAAUUGAAAAAACUCAUUGUGAUGGAUGACACAGAGGACAGCUCUCAGGGUGAUUCAUCACCCCUUCAACAAAAAGAGGCAGAGAUGUGCAACAGUUUGCAAAUGUCAAGUUCAAGCACAAGUUCGUUGUUAUUCAGUCAAGCUUAUCGAUCAUACCCAGAGUCUCCCCCACUCACACCCAUCCAUCUGCAAACACGUCAAACAGAAUGCGGAGCAUUGCCUGAGCAGGCUGAAUUUGACCUAUGGGACAGAGACCAACAUCCUGAGCCUGAACUCAUGCCCCUGCCAAUCACGGCUUGUGAUCUUGACUGGAAUAGUUUAGUUCAAGCAGCCCAAGAAUAUGAGACACAAAGGAUGGCAGCCCUUUUGUCAGAAAUGAGUCCUGUAUCAAGCAGGCCAGACACACCAUCCAAUGGAACCUGCAAGAUCCACCAAUCCAGUGCCUACUGCAGUGGAGAAGAUUUGGACAGUGACGUAUUCAUUGACUUUCCUGAUCAACUCUCUCACCUGGAAGGGAUGCUUAGGCGACUGAGUAGUGAUCUGCUGAAGGAGAAGAGAGACAAGGUGGCUCUUCUGGCAGAGGUGUUGAAGCUUCGCAUUAGCAACCAGCAUCUGAGAGAGGAGUCCCUUUGUGCCGUUGCACAACUACACAAAAUCAACAACAUUUUAAACACGGCUCCUGGAGAGAUGGAGUAAUGCAGGGUUGCAAGCACAAAC